UCCGAUUAGUGCUCUUCGUUGUGGAGCAAAAGUUGUUCAAAAUGAAAUUUGUUUUAAUAAUCGGCUGCCUUUUGGCAGUGGCACUAGCCGAGGAAAGUGCCCCGAAGUGUGUAGCGUCGCCUACAACAGCUAGCGGCAGUCAAGCGCGCGCUGGCCCGUACUGUUCGGGAGAUCUGAUCUUCGAAGAUAACUUUAACUUUUUGGACUUCGAGAAGUGGGAACAUGAAAAUACUCUCGCUGGUGGUGGUAACUGGGAAUUCCAAUGGUAUACCAACAACCGAGCGAAUUCUUACUGCGAAAAUGGUAUCUUCUAUAUCCGUCCUACAUUGGUUGCUGACGAUACUGGUGAAGGUUUCUUGAGCAGUGGAACUUUGAACCUCCAUGGAGGUCAACCGGCUGAUCAGUGCACUGGUCCAUUCUUCUGGGGUUGUGAACGUGCUGGCAAUCCCAGCAAUAUCAUAAAUCCAAUCAAAAGCGCUCGAGUACGAACUGUGGAUUCGUUCAACUUCAAGUAUGGUCGUAUGGAAGUCAGAGCUAAGGUACCAACUGGUGAUUGGCUUUGGCCAGCUCUUUGGCUGUUGCCGAAACGACAGGUCUAUGGAUCGUGGCCUGCCUCUGGUGAAAUCGAUUUGAUGGAAUCACGUGGUAACAUUGACUACCGUAAUGGAGGAGUACACAUUGGUGUUGAACAGGUUGGUUCAACUUUGCACUUUGGACCUAAUCCGGAUCAAAAUGGUUGGGCUACUACUGUUGCAUACAGAAAUUCCGCUGCCGGCCAAGGUUUCAACAACGGCUUCCAUUUGUACCAACUCGAGUGGACCCCAGAUCAUAUUACAUUUAGCGUAGAUAACCAGGUGCUUCGACGCAAUGAUGCUGGUUCUGGAUUCUGGGCUAAGGGUGGUUUUGUUACUACUUCACCGGCUUCCGAGAACCCAUGGAUGCAUGCUACUACAAUGGCUCCGUUUGAUCAAGAAUUCUACAUCAUCAUGAAUUUGGCCAUCGGAGGAACCAACGGUUACUUCCCCGAUGUUCCGCCAGCAACCAAUGGCGCUCGUGGUAAGCCCUGGGCAAACACUUCACCAACUGCGGCACGUGAUUUCUGGAAUGGCAGGAAUUAUUGGCUCCCGACCUGGCGCAUGGCGGAAAAUAGAGGAAAGGAAUCAUCGUUCCAGGUAGACUACGUGCGAGUAUGGGCUUUGUAGUUUGAAGGAAUAAAAGUAAACACUACGUUUUGCAUAACAUAUUUGCAUUA